AUGGCUCUGGCCGCCUGGAGAAGCAAGAACAGCACGACGACAGAGGCCGCCGUCCAGAGCCGGUACUUCGUCCUCGCCGGUGCCGUCGAAGGCAGGAGGACACCGAAGGGGUACGUUCCGAUAGUGCUGGUCGGCGACGAGGGAUGCGCGGAGGAGAGGGUCCUGGUGCACGUCGCCAUGCUCAAGGAGCCGUGCAUGGAGGGGCUGCUGGAGAUGGCAGCGCAGCAAUUCGGGUACGGCCAGCAGGGCGUUCUUAGGAUCCCCUGCGACGCGCGGCAGUUCCACCAGAUGAUGGUUAGCGUCCACGGCAAAUCCAGAUCAUAAACUUUGAUCUGCAUAGCUGCAUCUAUCAGACGGUUCUUUCU